UCAGGCGUUGAAAGGAAGUGCAAUUGAGGACGCACAUAGCGUUACCACUUACGUUGUUGCCAGUUAUAAAUAUCUACGGAUUUAGUGCACAUUCGCAUCGAAAUUGUAUACUUUUCGUUACACAGAGAAUACAAAACUGUAAUUUGGCUGGACAACAUGGCGCAGUUGUUAUCCAUUAUGGAGGUUUUAGCUAAAGCAGCUGUAGCAGAAAUUAACAAACGUGUUGAUGAUAGCUGUGCAGUUAUACGUUUGGAAAUUACCCAAAGCCAGCGAGAUAUUGAUGUACUGAAAAGGAAGUGUCAAAUGAUGGAGAGCGAGCUGAAGAAGACACGAGGACAAGUCAGGAAAAAAGUUCUUUACCCCAUGGCAUCAGAGGGAUCUUCAUAUCCAGUCAAGAUUGUUUUGAACAAGCAGAAGAGUAAAUCACAGUGGAGAGAUGGAGAGAUGGCUGUUGAAGAGGACUCUCAACCCCAGCCUACAGAUGUGGAGCAGAGAGCAGAGAAUGAACCCAUACUGAUCAAAGAUGAAGAGACAGCAGAGGAUUUGUGGAAGACUGACCCUCAGGAAGAACUCAUGAUCACUGGAGAGGAGUCUGGUUCCAAGCCUGGGCAACCACCAUCCUUUGAGCAACGGCAUUUUGAUGAGGACUUCAUCACACAACCCAACAUAUCUCCUGAAGACUCAGUGGAACAUUACCCCAAUUCUGAUGGUCCAAAGGAACCAGGCACACCCCGGCGCACAUCUACAGAGGUGUUUAGCACAGAGCAGCACCAGCCAGCCGAGGAUGAGGACUCGCUAGAGCAAGUGAUGGUGAAGGAUGAGAAAAGGGAGGUGGAUCAGACCACGGCCCUGGAAGGACCUGACCAGUUUGUCAUGGAUGAGACUGAUGGGCAGCUGUGGACCUCUGUGGAUCCAGAUAGAGACACUGACCCUGAUGGCCACCCAGAUUUCUCCUUUCAUGCCAUAGAGGAGUACUCUCAGAAUAUCUCAAUUUUCCCAUCUCAUAGUGGGCUGCCAUCCCUACCUACUAUGAUAGAUGAUGGAGGGCCAUCCCUUCACUCUAUAGGGAAACCACAUGCUAACAUGUUCAGUGCAGCAGCACACAUGAAAAAACAUGUCAGGACAUUGGCUGAUGAGACUAGACAACAGAUGCCAGAAGGACAGAGCAGCGAGACACUGAACUCUAAUAAUGAUGGAAAUAGUUUAGCUCUACAGCCAAGGCAGCAUCAGCACAGGGCUUCAGAAGCAACAGUGAGAAUGAGUGAGUGCAUGACAGGGUCAAACAUGGCCACCACCUCCACCUUCUCUGGAUACAGCCUGAGUCGCAGUAGUUUUAACAUGGUGAAGAGAAUGAGGACUCAGUGGAGGUCGGGCGGCACCACAGGAGAGAAACCAUACACCUGCGAACAGUGUGGCAGGAGUUUCCCCAAGCAGUACAACCUGAUCAGACAUGCUGUGGUCCACAGCGGGGAGAAGCCCUACAAGUGCUCACAGUGUGGGAAAUGCUUCACCCAGCGCUCCAGUAUGAAGUCACAUCAGAGAACUCACAUAGGAGAGAGUCCGGUGUCUCAAUAUGGGGUACCCCCAUACCCUGGGGAUCCACACGCAAGUUUAAUGUUGUCUCAGACGAGAUGGAACAAAUAAAACAUGGCAUAGCUUGUCUAACACUUUCUGUGAAAAUGGGGUACAGCAGGUGUUUUGAGACAUUUUUGACAUGCUUUUCCUCCUAAUUGUAUUGUGAAAUGGUUUUCAUGUUUGACUGUUGACAGCUCCAAAGUUUUAUUUGAACAACCUAUUUACAACUUAAUCAGUCAUAAAUGUUAUUUAAUCAAAUGUACAAAGAAAUAGUCAACCCUGCGCAUUUAGAUAAAGAAAAUGUGUAGUAGCCAUUUUAGUAUGUGUUGUCUUCAACAAACACUAUGUUGAACAAUUUCUUGCUACAAGGGACAGUCUCGUAUCAAGUCAGGUUAAUAACUCAACUUUAUUUCUUGAAUUAUAUUUUUUGAAAGUUAUAUUGCAAGGCAAUAAAAUGUUUCAGUUCAAAAGUUUACAUGUUAAUGUACAGUGCCUUCAGAUAGUAUUCAUACCCCUUGACCUUUUACAGCUUCAAUUUAAAAUGGAUUAAAUUAAUAUUUGUUGUCACUUGCCUUUCACAUAAUACCCCUUAAUGUCAAAGUGGAAUCUUAUAUUUAGAAAUGUAUACAAAUUAAUUAAAAAUGAAAAGCUGAAAUGUCUUGAGUCAGUAAGUAUUCAACCCUUUUGUUAGGGCAAGCCUAAAUAAGUUCAAGAGUAAACAUUUUCUUAACAAGUUGCAUGGACUCACUGUGUGCAAUAAGUGUUUAACAUUAUUUUUAAUGACUAUUUAAGUUCUGUACCCCACAGGUAGUUUUGUGUGGGGUACAGUCAAUCAGUGACUUUCAAACACAAAUUGAACAACAGACCAGGGAGGUUUUCUAAUGCCUUGCAGAGAAGGGCACCUAUUGGUAGAUGGGUAAAACAAAGCAGACAUUGAAUAUAAUUUUGAGCGUGGUGAAGUUAUUAAAAUACACUUUGGAGGGUGUACCAAUACACCCAAGUCACAACAAAGAUACAGGCGUCCUUCCUGACUUAGUUGCCGCAGAGGAAGGAAACCGCUCUGGGAUUUCACCAUGAGGCCAAUGGUGACUUUAAAAUGGCUGUGAUAAGAGAGAACUGAGGAUGGAUCAACAACAUUGUAGUUACUCCACAAUACUAACCUAAUUGACAGUGGGAUACUAAGGAACCUGUACAGAUGAACAAUGUUCCAAAACAUGAAUCCUGUUUGUAACAAGGCACUAAAGUAAGUGCUAACUAAGAAGCCAAUGAAUGUUCCUGAGUGGCUGAGUUAUAGUUUUGACUAAAAUGUACAUGAAAAUCAAUACCAAGACCUGAAAAUGGUUGUCUAGCAAUAAUCAACAACCAAUUUGACAGUUUAUUAUUUUCAUAAUUCUGUAAUGUGCAGAAUCCAGGUGUGGAUAGAGACAUUGAUCAAUGAGAUUACAACCUAUAUUCACCCACUCAAAAAAGUGUUGUAUUAUCACUAUGCUUUCAACCAUCUAAAAGCACAUCCAAACUCCAAUGGAAAAACUAUGUCUGAUUUUUGGUUUAGUUCUUACCCAAAUGUCUAUCAAUGCGCUUUCAACCAUUUUAAAAGCACAGCAAUGUUCAAAUUGGAACACGACGUCAGAUAUUGUUUAUUUAUACAACAGAGUAAUGUGUUAUCAUGGUGCUUCAUUAAUAGCAUAACUAAAUGACCUGGAUUACAUUAAAAGUACAUGAUGCAAGUGAUCAAUGCUGUUUGAGAUUCUGCACAGAUUAUUACAGCAAUGUUGAAGUUCUCCACCGACCUACUAUGACAUGCAUGCUAUCUUGAACAUGCAUGCUUUGUGAUUACAUUAGAAUAAAUGUAUAGUUACAGUAACCUUAAAAUGUGGCCAUGGAUGUUGUGGUAGCAAUUCUAUAGGAAGAGAGAAACUGCAGAUUCUUUGAAACAACACUUUUUAUUAUAAGAUUUGCAAAAUAUGAGAAUCAACCAUCCACUCAACAGUGCAUAGUUGAAAGCUCAAUGAACAGUGUCGGUUCUCAGCUUUUAUAGAGAAGUACUUUUUUUUUUUGUAUGCAUGGCAGUCAGCAGAUAGUGUGUGAAAGGCCAUUAGUUGUCUGUGCAGCUUUAAGAUAGAUGGUUGAGCCGUCCGGCUAUCAACCUUGUGCUAACUGCAUUCACAACAGCAAACAUUAUAAUGUGCUCCUUUCUGCAAGUGUCCAUACAUGUGAGUUUCUGUAGAUAGUAAACCCACAUGUCACAUGCUGCAGUCGCACCCAAACGGACCUUUGGUCUUAAGUCCCACAAAGACAAGUUUGUAUCAGGUUAGAAAAAACACGAGCAUAUAACGAGACAUUUCUUUAACAAGCAUUUAAGCUUUCUGCUGAUAUCAGAUAUGUCUAUGUCCUGGGAAAUAUUAUUGUUACUUACAACCUCAUGCUAAUCGCAUUAGCCUACGUUAGCUCAACCAUCACUUGGAGGACCCACCGAUCCCGAAGAAGUUUUAAACAAUCACUAAAGGGUUACAUUUGAGGGUUCUGUGUUGAUACAGUAUGUAGUGACUUGUUAUUGGUGUAAAAAGACAAAGAAACUCAUAUGCCAGACAUCACUAUUUGAUAGUGCAGGGUCACAAGGCAUCAUAUGGUACAACCAGUGAAACAAGAGAUAACAUACUUGGUGGUUUUGAUGUCACGAAGAACAUUACAUGUGAUUGAGUAGGAACAAUGCAUUCUUUUGCAUGACCAAACACUCCUCGUAGACUCAGGAAAACCCUAGGGGUUUUAAUCUCGUGAGACACUUUAUUCCGUUUUAUUCUAAAAUAGGUUCACAGAAUUGACGAAAGGGAUGAUGGGUCACGAGUAAGUAAAGUGGCCUUCCUGUGAACAGAAGUUAUCAUGUUUGUUUUGACUGUAAUUUAAAACGUUUUAUUCACCUGGUAAAGUAAACGUUAGACGGAAAGACAGAGGUAGAGUAUGAUGGUGAUUGAGAGGGCUUCUGAGUUAAAGGAAACAGAUGUAGACUAGUGAAGGUAACAAAAGGAAAUGGGAAGUUAAUUGGACAGUAAGAAUUUCAAAAUGUAAUUGUUUGGACUGAUUGAGAUUGAGCGAAGUGAAAACUAACGAAAUGUUAAUUUUCUAUCCCUUUGAACAGUUAGUGAAAUUCUGCAGUUUUAUAAGUAUAAAGGUAUACAUAAUUGGCCGUAAAGGGAGCUCCUAAAUAAGUAAGGCCUGGCCAUUGGUUUCUUUGUUUUUGCCCUUCCUUUCACCACACACACACACACACACACACAACUCACCCGUUAUGAAUAUGUUAAGUGGUGUUAGUACCCUGUUUGAUUUAUUAUGUGGGGUCUUUUUUACCUGUAAAACCAGGUAAGCAGAAUGAUGGAACUAUUUGAAAUGUUUUAAAUGGGUUUGGAAGAACAGGGAAAGAAAAUACUUAAUAGGGCUGAUUGACCUAUGACCUUUGUUCUGACUUCUUGGUGAGGCCUGAUCACCCUCACUAGAAAGACUGAAGACAUUGGGUGAGAUUUAAAUUGGCUAUGUAAACACUAAUAAUUAGGCAGAAGUUUAUCAUUUAGCAAUAGUCCUAUGUGUGAUUCGGAACACGAGAAUGUGCUGCCCUGAAUGAGGGACACCUGUCUCUAGUCUAUUUUACCAUUACCUUAUAGGAUACAAUUAUUUCCUUAUGGAGUUAUGAAGAGUUCAAAUUUGAUUUGUUAUUCUAAUUUGUUAAUUUUUGAUUUAACAGGUAGCCUUUGGUAAAUAUGCAAAUGUUUUUCUUCAUAUGUCUGCCUAUGAAAGGAAUAAAAAAAUUUCCCACCUCUAGUUUAAUAUGAAGAAGUGUAUUGCUGUUGCCUUGCUUCCAUAGCAAAUCUCAUCAGAUUGCGUCUGCUGUAUUGUCAGAAUGUCUCCCUAAGGAUUGUCCCUCUGACUCCCUGACCCUGUAACUUUCAGUGAGAUCGCCAAGCUGAUAAGGUUAGUAUUAGCCAAUUUGGGGAAAAUGGUUUAGACUGUGUAUUCUUAUUCUCUUUGACAUUUGUUUUAGGAAUGUUGUAUUAAGAAAAUUGGGAAGGUUAUAAUUUGUCAUACGGUAGUUUUCUGAAUAAAAAAUGGCUUAACUUUU